CAACAUUUAAAUCUUUUUAAACUGCCUUUCGCCUGUUUACAGAAUAAGUGAAAAGGUCCUUCGACACGACUGACACGAUCUUCGUCUCGUAUAAGAUAAAUUAGCGCCAUGGGGUCCACUGAGAGUAAGAUGGUGUCACCAACAAAACCAGAACCAGCAAUCAAAAACCACCGGGUCACCGAUCUGAUCGAUCCACGCUCUCCUUCCACAGUAAUUGAUCGUACGCCCAUUCAGAUCGAUGGUCGUGUUGCUAAAACUGAGUGUCCUCCGGCAUUAAUUGAUCCACGCUCACCCACCGUUGGCGUCAGCCGCACCCCGGUCAGAGAAGUCAUGAGAGCAACAGUUGGGUCCUUUGCUCGCCGCCUGGGCUUGUUUUUGCACAAUGAGAGCGAAGGAAAACUCCCCAAAGCCCCCCAGAAAAGCUUCAGUGACGCCGUGGAGGAGGUGGUCUUGGAAGAGGAGAACGAGGAGCUGGCUUCUGCUGAGCCCCUCCUGAUUCUGCAGGCCUCCGACAACACGGCCCCCUCAAACGGGCAUGCUAACCUCCUGGCCACCCUUGUCCAGGCCCCUGUGGGUGACUCGAGCCCCUUUGUGCUUUACGAGAAGCCCCAAUUUGACGUGGAAUUAGAAACUGAGGUAGACGUCAGCCUGGAGGAGGCUGAAGAAGCGAGAGAGUCUCCUCUUCACAAGCGGCUGAGCAUGAGUUUGAUAACCUGCCAUGAGGGGGAAACCUCAUCCCAGAUCUUGGCCGAGGUGCACCAUGACAGCGCUUCGUCCCCAGUGCCUGGUGCAGGAGCGGAGCGAGUCGGGGGCGGUGCCGAUCCUUCGUGUGCCCUUACCUCAAUCACUGUUGAGCCAGAGUCCCCCGACGAGCCGUCCCUUCCUGCCGAUUCAGAUGGUUCCCCGGCUCCGGUGUCCCCCGCACGCUCAGACAAAGCCGAGCCAGAAGAAACCGAAGAGCUCCCUGAAGAAUCUGCUUCACCUCCCGCACCAGAGCCGCCGAGUGUCCCAAGCCCCGAGAAGCCGCAGCCCAGCACCGGCAUCCGCUGUCCCACCUUUGACCCAAAGAGCCCCAGUCAGGUGGUGUUCAAGCCGCAGUGGUUGGGGAAAGGUUUUGGCGCCAGUGGGCUCAGAGCUAGAGGAGUGCAGGGGGGAAAAGGAGGCUCCUCGCCUCUUGCCGUCCGCGUGGCCGUGAAGAAAGUUACCAACGAGAACAAGCGCCGGUCUGGAAAACUAAAGCAGAAAGGUACGGAAGGUCGCUCCCCACUACAGAUGCUUAAGGGGACCAACUCACCCCGGGAACAACGUCCUCAGACAAAGCUGAAGGUGUCCAACCCAGAUAAGCAGAGACUCGGACAGAUUGACCGCAGGGUGCUUGCGGUGUCUUUGGAUAAGGAGAACAGAUGAUUCACUGCGACGUGUGCUGAAUCUUGCCUCGCUUUUAUAUCUUUUAAAACCUGCUUUUAUGUGUACAGCUUUCUUUUAUUUUUGUCCUGUGUAUGUACGUUUUUAUUUCUGCCUUUUUUCCUAUUCUGUUUUUACCUUGUAAAUAUAAAUAAAAUUAUUUGCAUUGAUA